GGGGUGGGAUGGGCUUUCCUGGGUGUUUUUUCUCUUAAACCUCAGGUUCCAUUGGAGCUGCUGCUGCUUUUCAGCCUCUUUUCUCCACCCGUUUGUGUUCCUCCCACAGGGAAAACUCUCUGUGGUGUUUCUCCUGCCUUUUUCCUGUUUCCCAUGGGAGUGCUGGGCUUGAGCAACCCACCUGACCCCAGCCCUACCAGUGGGUCCCACGGACCGAGACCUCCUCUACCUCCCUCCCCAGCCCUUGCUUUGAACUUGCACCCAUCCAAGGGGGAAUGAUGGGUUUGGGGGUGUUUGGUAUGGCAGCAGCCUGGCGUGACAAUCUGAGCGGGGUCAAGGAUGAUUUCAUUUCCUCCUUGCUCUUUCUCCCCCCAUCCUAGGUAUAAAAAAUGCAAGCAGAGAACCUCACAGCAGCCCUUCCCUUCAAGUAAAAGAUUAACUGGCUCUUACAUUAACUGAUUAAACGUCCUGUAGGACAAAGUUACAUCUGAUCUCAAGCAAAGGAGCCUUUGGAAAUUCCAGAGUGUAGCUUCUCCCCUUUUAAAACUAGAGGAUCACAGCCCUGGCAGCAGGGGAGGCUGUUUCCUGCUGCCCCUGCCUGCCUGGGAACCCUGUACAGCCCCACACCUUAAUUCACUAUUUUUAUUCCCCGCACUCCAUGCUGGCUUGGUGCUGACUCUGGUUAAACGUUAGCCAGGGCUGGCUGGCAUCGUGGUGCUUGCCCUGUGAAAAGCGCCAUCCCUGCCUCCCUGCCCAGCCACGCUCCCAGCUCCAAUCUCUGUCGCGUCUGGAGCCAAGCAGCAGGCAAAGUUCAGUGCUUGUUCAAGGGAGAUAAGGUGAGGAUGCAUGGCAGCGUGCAGGCAGCUCGCAGGGCUGUUACUCAUUUAUUAGAGAUCAUUGUUUGCCUGGUUGUAAGGAGGUUUCUCCUCCCCUCUGCUUUCCCAGCAAGAGUGUAUGGCAGCAUUUGUGGCUUGUGCAUGAUUCUGGCUCGUGUCCCCACACAGAGGCCUGGGGAAGGUCCCUGCAGCAGAGUGGCCCUGGUCCCACUGGCAGUAUGGAGAGGUGUCAGCAUGGGGCUGGCUGGAGUGCUUUUGGGUGCUUUGGUGCUCCACAUGUGACCCCACCACUUGCUUUGCCCUAAUAGCUUGGUGGGUUUGGCUCAUGGUGCCAUCAAAGCAACUACUUUUUCUGUGACCUCCAUCCCCAUUCACCCACCUUGCAUCAUCUUGCCAGGCCCAUCAUUCACUAGCAAACCCUUGGUCUGCACAGGGCUUGUCCUGGGAUCAGAAGUUACUUGGUGGGAUGAUGCUCUGGAUCAUCGUCCUCUGUUUGCCAGGGAGCUCAGCUCUGUGGGCAGCACCCUGCCUGCAGCCAGGGUUGGGUGCUCUAUGGAUGCUCUAUGUUGGGCUGGUGUCUGGGGUGCAGUGAGGCAGGAGGGAGCAGCAGGGGGAUCAUCUCACCUCUGCCCCAUUCCUGGGAUGCUCCAGGGCAGCAGCCAAUACAGAUGUGAGGUCUGUGGCUGAAUUCCCCCAAAGGAAACAGCGGUUUAACACAGGAUCCAGGACUGCAGCUGGAUCACACAUCCAGCUCCUCACUUCUCCUUUUGAGCCCUAAAGCCCUUUUCACUUCUGUUUCACUUUGGUUUUAUCUCCCCUCUGCCUGAGACCCGGUGAGGUAUUUGCUUCAGGGAAACUGCAGCAAGCGUGUUUGGGCAGCUUCUCUACAGGGCCAGGUAUUUGCUUUAUAUAGAUAAAAAACCCCCAACAACUAAGCAAACGUAUAGGUGCUGGUUGCUUAUGGAGAGCUCUCCUGCUCUAGGUAACCAGGCAGCUUCUUCCUCCUUAGUGCCUGUAAAAUGAACCAGUGGCUUUGCUCAGUGCAGCCAGCAGAGGCAGAGGAUUAUUUGGGAGGGAUUGAAUUCAUGAAAGUGAGAGCUGAGGUAGAUGCUGAGCUUCAAGGCAGCUUGGGAUGAAAGAGGAACUGAAAACUCAUGGAUAAACACUGGGGAGAAAAAACUGUUCUCACCUGGAAAGACUUGAUGAAGAUGCCAAGUGGUUCCUGUAUGGGUUUUCCUUCACCUUGCAUCACUGCAUGCCUGUAGCAUACUUCCCCCUGCUUCUGUCCUCAGGAAUCUCGUUUCAGGAGGGGCAAAACUGUGGGGACAAGUAUCUUUCAUGUGAGGAGCCACGAACUCUGGCCAUCCUAUCCCUGCUUAUCCUCCCACUCGCCAUCAGCUGUGCUUCCAGGGGAGGAGCAGAGCCUUUGGGCUCCCCAGGAGCCCUCCUGCCGCAGCUGGGAGCAGUGCUUGGGGUAUCCCAGUGUGCCAAGAGACCUUCAGAGGGGCUCAGCCCUGAGCCCUGCACUCUGCUUUUGGGGGUAACUGUGCCUGCAUUUUGGGUGUGAAAAUGCAGUGGGGGAUCAGCUGUCUGUGCCGAAGCAUAUCCUUCAGUCGGGGGGAGGAUGGCUGGGAGGGAAGGAGGGAAGAGCCUGGAGCAAACUUGAAGGAAAAUGAACCUCCAAGCAACCCAGUCAAGCACUCAGCAAGUGGACACUGAGCCAGGGGCUCUGCUCAGACUCGGCUCCCUGCCCUGUGCUAGCUGCAGGUUUGAUGCCUUGCACUGUGCCUCAGUUUCCCCGUUGGCAAACAAGAGUUUGCUUUUCCCUGAAGCUGUCCCUGGGCUGAGGCCAUGCCCAGUCAAUCAUCCAUGCGUGAGUGCAGCCAGCUCCUUCCCGAGCCCAUUGCUGGUGAGGUGCUGGGGGCAGCAGGAGCAUCUGACCCGGUGCUCUGUGUUUCAGGAGGCUUUGGUGACCAUCCGCAUCCCAGGGAGCUGGGGAGCGUGUCCCAAGGAUUGGCUCUGCCAGCCCGGCAGCCUCGAGAUGGGCAGCUGCCCUCAGCGGGGCAGCGGGAAGAUGAGCAGAGGCAUAGCGCAUCUCCUGACGGCUCUCUUCAUGGCGGUGACGGCAGUGAUAGGCUACCCGUCACGGCGCUCUGCCACUGACCUGGAUGCCACCCCCAGGACAACAGUCACCUUUGAGGAGCUGUUGGGCGUCCGGCGCUUCAGAGCGCGCACCCUCAACUACAGCACCCUGCUGCUGGAGGAUGACCGUGGCAUCCUCUACGUGGGGGCCAGGGGAGCCAUCUUCGCCCUCAACUCCAGCGACGUGGCUGACGGCUCCCACCGCACGAUCCAGUGGGAAGCCUCCCCAGAGAAGCAGAUGGACUGCCUGCAGAAGGGCAAAAACAACAAGACCGAGUGCUUCAACCACGUGCGGUUUCUGCAGAGGCUGAACAGCACCCAUCUCUAUGCCUGCGGGACCUACGCCUUCCACCCGCUCUGCGCUGCCAUCGAUGCCAACAGGUUUACGUUGCCAUCAUACUUUGAGGAGGGCAAGGAGAAGUGCCCAUACGACCCUGCUCGUGGCUACACUGGCCUCAUCGUGGAUGGUGGAUUGUACACAGCCACACGCUACGAAUUUCGGAGCCUCCCUGACAUCCGGAGGAACCUGCACCAGCGACCGCUGAAGACAGAGGAAUCCCCACUGCACUGGCUGAACGAUGCUGAAUUCGUGGCCUCUGUGCUGGUCCGGGAGAGCAAGGACAGCCCUGUGGGUGACGAUGACAAAAUCUACUACUUCUUCACGGAGUGGGCUGGCGAGGAGACCACAUCCUUCUUCGACAAGAGCCAGGUGGCCCGAGUAGCCCGGGUGGCCCGUGUCUGCAAGAGCGACGUGGGGGGGAAGAAGAUCCUGCAGCGCAAGUGGACAUCCUUCAUGAAGGCACGCCUGGUCUGCUACAUCCCCUACUACGAGGUGCUGCGCAGCGUCUGCAGCAUGGAUGGAGGCAGCUGGGCCAGCACCGUUUUCUAUGCUGCCUUCACGCUUUCGGCGCAGUGGAGGACCAUGGAGGCUUCGGCCGUGUGUCGCUACAGCAUCUCAGCAGUGCAGCGUGCCUUCGAGGGCCCCUACAUGGAGUACCAGGACUCGGCUCGCAAGUGGUCCCGCUACGACGGUGCAGUUCCUGAGCCCCGACCUGGCUCUUGCAUCACGGACCGCUCCCGCAGGAAGGGCUACAACUCCUCACAGGACCUGCCCAACAGCGUCCUGGACUUUGUGAAGCUGCACCCGCUCAUGUUUGAGGAGGUGAAGCCGGCUGGCGGGGAGCCGCUGCUGGUAAAGAAGAGCGUGGUGUACAGCCAGCUGGCCGUGGACAGGGUGCAGGCCCUUGAUGGCCGCUCCUACGAUGUGCUCUUCAUGGGGACGGGGGAUGGCUGGAUCCACAAGGCUGUGGUGGUGGGCUCCGGCAUCCACAUCGUGGAGGAGGUGCAGGUGUUUAGGGACCCGCAGCCUGUGGAGAGCCUGGUGAUCUCCCAUGCCCAGAGAAGCCUGUACGUGGGGGGAGCCACUGGGAUCCUGCAGGUGCCCCUGGCCUCCUGCAGUAGGUACACCUCCUGCUAUGACUGCAUCCUCGCCCGGGACCCCUACUGCGCCUGGGAUGGCAGGUCCUGCUGCGCCACUGCCACCACAGACAGGGCAGGGCUGGUGCAGGACAUUCAGAGUGGCAACGAGGGAUGCCGGAGCAGCUCUGGGCGGGUGCUUGUCCCCACAGGCUCUCUGCCAUGGAAGAACCGGACGGUGCUGCAGGGGGACGACGUGCUGUUGCCCUGCGACCAGCGCUCCAACUUGGCACGAGCCGUCUGGCUGCUGAACGGCAGCGAGGCGCUGGACGCGGGGCAGGACCGGCUGCGCAUCGGGGUGGACGGGCUGCUGGUGACAGACACGCUGCCGCAGCACAGCGGCGAGUACCGCUGCUAUGGCGAGGAGCGUGGUCUCCGGACGCUGCUGGCUGCCUACAGCCUCACCGUGCUGACUGAGCUGCCCCGCAUCCCCACGGCCGCCUCACGGCCCCAUGCUAUCAGCCAGGCCGGCAGCGACAUGAAGGUGGCUUAUGUCUCCGCCAUCGUCGCCUUGGUGGUGCUGUGCGCCGUGCUCAGCACCGUCCUCCUCUAUGUGUCCUGCCUGGAGAAGCGCAAAGGCAAGUAUGUGCUGGGGGAUCCGCGGCCAGCCAGUGUGGAGCUGCAGACCGUCUCAGCCAACUGCCUGCGCAAGGGCCACCGGGAAGAGGAGGAGGAGGAAGAGCUCGCCUACCCUGAUGGCCGCCUGCGGAUCAUCCCUGGUGAGGCACCCACGGCUGCCACAUCCCCAGUGAAGGAGCUGCCGGCUGCUGUGCCCCCGCUGCCGCCACCGCUGCCGGCCGAGCUCACCAAUGGCGUGGGGACUCUGCCCAAUGUGCUCCGCAAGAUGAAUGGCAACAGCUACAUGCUGCUGCAGCAGCAGGAGGAGCCGCUGGUCUCGCCGCUCUACAGCGCAUCCUUCACCGAGGAGCUCAGCAAGAUCCUGGAGAAGCGGAAACACACGCAGCUGGUGGAGAAGCUGGAUGAGAGCUCCGUGUAGGGGCUGGGGGAGGGUCCUGCCAGCGGGACCCUCCACCCCUCCAGCCCCUUCUCCCACCCCCUGCCAGCAGUGUUACAAGACUCAGGCAAAACUACCUCCUGGAUGGCACAGCUGGGCCAGGCCUGGGCUCGGCCGUUCCUGUGGCUUUUCUCUGACUUUUGAGACUCGCUAUACAGAAAAAAAAGAAUCUAUUUAAAUUUGGAGCUCUAUUUAUGUAUAAAAACCCACUGACGGCGGCCACAAGCAGGAGGCAGGAGCUGGCACCUGGCUGAAGGUGGACCCUGGGGGGAGGGAGAGUUUCUGUCUGUCCGUCUGUCCAGGUGUGAGAGAGAUGCUAUUGUGGACGCAUGGACUUGGCCUGCCCUGCUGGGUGUCCCUUGGCUGCUGAGAGGGAUGGCUCCAGGAAGAGGACUGUUCAGUGAGUGUUGGGGCUGGGUGAGGAAGCUGACGUCCACAAUGUCCUGGAGCAGCUGGUGGAGCAAUGUGUGCCUGCUGUGAGGAGGAUACAGGGCGCUGCAGAGGAAGAGCAGGAUGCAGCAGCAGGACACACUGGCAGCAGGACUGGCAGCUGUGCCCUGUGGUGUAGCAGGGGACUUAUUGCAGCACCAGCAUUCCCCACAGUGUCUGCAGUGCCUCCGCAGUGCCUCUGCAGCCCCAUGUUUCUGCCCUCCUGUGUGGUGCUGCUGGAGAACUGGGGUUCAGGCACAGCCCUGUCCACCACGGAACAACAUGUGGGAAGGGAAACAUCCUCACAGAGCAAGGAGUCCUGGACAUGGCAUCUCCCACUGGGGCUUCCUGCCCUUCAAGGCACUUUCAAGGGGCAGCCUCUGUCCCUAAAUCCCCCCAACUACCUCUCCUGCCACCUCCUGGGCGAACCUGAGGAACUGGAGUGACAAAAGCAUGUCCCGUUGUGGGGACAGGUCUGUGACAUUGGAGAAGCUGCGAAGGGAGAGACUUGUUGAGGUGCCUGACCUCCCUUCUGUGUUCCUUGCUGGCACUUCCAGGAUCAGGACAUCACCCGGCACUCAGCCCAGCGGGGGGGGGCAGGAACAGCGUGGCAGCCCUUGGCAUCCCCAGCAGGCUGGAGCCCAGGCCUCCCUGCCCCAGCAGGGUGAGGUGCAGUGGGAAAAGGCAAGAGCCAAAUGCCUGCAUUCCCCCAUCCUGCCCCAACCCUUGGUUUUGCUGCAAGGUGGGACCAAGCCGCCCCAAGCACCCACCCUCUGCAAGGAGGGACAUCACCCUCUGUGUCUGGCACCCCUCAUACACAGCCCCAUGUGCCCCCUGGCAAUAAACACGGCUCUGUCUGGAA